GCGAGUGACUGUUUUGCAGGAGUGAGAAAAUAUUGGAAAAAGGAAAACUAAAUUCAGAAGUUCUAGUCAAUUUCAAAAUUUAACAAAAAUGAUUUCUUAAUACUUCAUUGAUUGUUUCUUGUAGUGUUUUUAAUAUAUAUUUUUAAGUGUUAUUAAAGUAUUUUAAUAUUUUUCGGUUUUACCGGUUAUAAAUUUUUAUCAGAUUAUUUACAGCCACUCCUUUAUAUUAAUAAAUUUACUUUUAUGAUCAUUAAACGUAUUUCGGACAGUUGAAAUAAUGUCCGUUUCCGGGAUAGCAUCUAAAUAAAACAUUUUUAAAUGUUUAAAGGACCGAGAGUUACAGUUGAAGACUAAUAGAAAUAUAGAUUCAAAUCUCAUCUUCCAUAAAAGUCCAACUACAAUCGACGGAUUCACAAAGACGUAUAAAAAACAAAAUUAAAAAAUGGCACAACUAGUCCUAAACCUCAUUGACAGUUACCACGAUAUAAUGGAAAACAAAAGUGACGCCAGAGUAAAUGGUUGGCCCAUGUUAUCUAGUCCAUUCCCCACGUUAUUCAUAUGUCUAUUUUACGCCUACUCGGCCAAGGUGCUUGGUCCAAGACUGAUGGAGAACAGAAAACCAUUUCAACUGAGAAAACUACUCGUAGUGUACAAUGCGAUUCAAACUGUGUUCAGCGCUUGGAUUUUUUACGAGUACAUGAUGAGCGGAUGGGGAGGAUCGUACAGUCUUAAAUGUCAACCAGUCGAUUACUCCAAUAGUCCGAUGGCCUUGCGGAUGGCUCGAACAUGUUGGUGGUACUACAUUUCCAAGUUCACAGAGUUCUUAGACACGUUGUUUUUCAUUUUGAGAAAAAAGAACCAACAAGUGUCAACUUUACACGUCAUUCACCAUGGAUGUAUGCCCAUGAGCGUUUGGAUGGGAAUGAAAUUCGCACCAGGCGGCCAUAGCACUUUCUUUGCAUUGCUCAACACAUUCGUACACAUCGUCAUGUACUUUUACUACAUGGUAUCAGCUAUGGGACCACAGUAUCAAAAAUACAUUUGGUGGAAAAAAUACCUUACCUCUUUCCAAAUGUUACAAUUCGUAUGCAUUUUCAUUCAUCAGUUCCAAUUGUUAUUCGUUGAAUGCAACUACCCCAAGAGUUUCAUGAUAUGGAUCGGCCUGCACGGUGUUAUGUUCUUGUUCCUUUUCUCAGACUUUUACAAAUCCAAGUAUACUAAAGGUCAACUAAAAUCUUCCAACGACGGAGCUUGUAUGCCAAUAGAAAGCUCAAACAAUUACAGCAAAUGUGCGUCCAAAGAACACAACAACGUCGUAUACUAUUCAAACGGUAUCAAUAACGGCUUCAAGUCUACUGAAGACGCCAAAACCAAGUAGUGUUCCAUUUAUCAAGCUGCACAAACGUUCCUAAAUGAUGGAAAAAAGACAAUGCCCGGCGAUCAAUCAACAAUGCACCCUCUUAUACAAUCUUAAAACCAAAUUCAAAUCAUACUAAAUAUGCGCUUGUACUUAAAACGUCCGUGAAGACAAUUAUUACCAAAAAUGUAUAGUAUAAAUACUUACGCGUAGGUCUCUACAAUACAAUGAAAAUUAUAUUUUAGCAUCGAAUAUUAAAAAACUUCAAUUUUCAUUUUUCGAUCUGCCAAAAUACAUUUUUUAGGAAAUAUUUUUUAUUUACGUUUAGUUUUAUCUUAGGUAAGAAGUAUAAAAUGUUUUAGAUAUUUUUGUUAUAGUCCGCAAUUUUAUAUAUUUACAAUAAGUAUGUAGAACUCAUGUGGUAAUCUAUGCAAUGCUUAAUGAAAUUAAAUGUUUGUAUUUUAUUAUUGGACUUUAGGUGUACAGUGAGAGGGGUGGGUUCAUUAAAUAUCAUUAUGCGUUGAUACUCGGCUACUUUAUGUUAAAGUAUGUAUGGUUUUUCUUAAGUUGGCAAUUUUGUUACCGUCAAUUCAGUCAUAUGUAUAUUUUGCUGUUAUAACUGUCCAGCAUCUAUCUUAUAGGAUUUAUUCUUUUAUUUUAUUUAUAAAUUUUGUUGUUAUUUUCACUCUAUAAAUUCAUAAAACUCAAUGCGGAUGUUACUUAAAUUUUCAAAUGUUUAACUUAAUUUUUACAGUGAAACAAUAUAAAUUUAUAUAUUAUCACUGUAUUCAUUCGAGUAGCUUUACUAAGCAUUUUGUUACCCUACACGUAGAAUGUAUGUUUGUUUUAUUUUCUGAAAUAGCAAGUGCAAAACAGAUAUUUUAGGACUCAGUGCUGCCUUAGUGUGAAUGACAUAGAUUUUAAGAAUGUGAGGCCAUUGUACUUUUCUGUAAAAGUGUGUUUUUUUAUGUAUAAUACAUUAUAUAUAA